AAUAAAACAAGCUGCCGACACUUUCAGCAGCCAGUGAUGUUUGGUUCAAAAGCCUUUAUGUUUUGUUCCAAGCCUUUCAUUCACUUACUUUACUCACCCUUUUAAUUUCAAAGCACUAGCACUUCUGCAUUUAUUCUCUUUACUUCCAUUUCCUUGCAAAGUGCAAACAAACUCAUCAUAUCAUAUCUAUUCAAAAACCAUUAUCUCAUUUAUUUCCAUUUCUUUGAGAGUUUCUUGCUACUUGUUCACUUUUGCUGAUAUACACUUAACACAUGCAUACAUAUACACUGCUUAGUUUCAUGAAUUCAGUAACACAAGUUCUCAAUAUUGUUUUCUAGUACUAGUUACUAUUAAGCUCUCUAUAAUAUUGCAUUUGCAUAUGUACAAACUUCAAGUGUGUGCGUGUGUGUAAGUGACACUUGAAAUUGAUAUUAAUAUACAUAAGUAACUAUGCUUUCUGCAAAAUCAGAAUCUGAUAUAACUAGUUUAGCUCCAUCUUCACCAUCAAGAUCUCCAAAGAGACCUGUAUACUAUGUACAAAGUCCUUCAAGAGAUUCACAUGAUGGAGACAAGUCAUCUUCCAUGCAAGCUACUCCAAUAUCAAACAGUCCUAUGGAGUCUCCUUCACAUCCUUCUUUUGGCCGCCACUCGAGAAACUCUUCUGCUAGUCGGUUUUCGGGGAUUUUUAGGUCAUCUUCAGGAAGGAAAGGUAGUAGAAAGAGGAAUGAUAAAGGGUGGCCUGAGUGUGGUGUUAUUCUUGAAGAAGGUUCUUAUCGUGAAUUCGAGGAUAUGUCUUUUGCUAGAAGAUUUCAAGCUUUGAUUGCUGUGUUUACUUUUCUGGUUGUUUUUACUGUGUUUUGCUUGAUCAUUUGGGGUGCUAGCAGGCCUUUCAAGGCAGAAGUUACUGUCAAGAGUUUGGCAGUACAUAAUCUAUAUGUUUGGGAGGGUACAGACCACACAGGAGUCCCAACAAAAAUUCUGACAAUUAAUAGCACUUUGCACAUGAACAUAUACAACCCUGCUACAUUUUUUGGCAUCCAUGUCCACACUUCACCGAUCAAUCUUGUUUACUCAGAUAUCAGUAUCGCAACCGGUGAGUUGAAGAAACACUAUCAGCCAAGAAAGAGUCACCGUAUUGUAUCAGUGAACUUGGAAGGUAAUAAAAUUCCCCUUUAUGGAGCUGGAUCAACCAUAACAGUUUCACAAACCGGAAGCGUUGAAGUAGCACUUGUGUUGAAGUUUGAAAUCCGAUCGCGAGGAGAUGUGGUGGGGAAACUGGUGAGGACAAGGCAUCAUAAGGAAAUCACUUGUCCUUUAGUUAUCAAUUCUGCUGGAACAAAACCUAUUAAAUUCAAGAAGAAUUCAUGCACAUAUGAGUGAUAUGAUUGAUUUGUUCAUUUUGUGAAAGUUCAUGUAUCUUGAGAUUGUAACUUAAAAUUGUAUAAUUUAAAGUUUUUGAGAUUGAGGAAGUCCAUUUGCAAGAGAAGUUUUUGAAUCAUUCUGUAUUUUACUCA